AUGGCCACGGCUUCUGAGGCCCCGUCAGCCACAAAUGCGGCGAGCCAGACGCAUCGGAAAAAGGUUUUGCGUGUUAUAUUCAUUUCUCUCCUGUUGGACUUGAUAUCAUUCACAUUCAUCUUGCCUCUGUUUCCCUCGCUGUUGGAUUUCUACCUGAAGCGCGACCCGUCUCCAAACUCGCUGCUGAACCGCAUUUUCCACUAUCUCAAUGCAUACAAAAACUCCUUUGCGAAACCAAUCGACUCUCGCUACGACAUCGUCCUGCUCGGCGGCGCACUGGGAUCGCUCUUCUCAUUCCUACAGGCUUUCGCCGCGCCCGUGAUCGGCAGGAUUUCCGACAAGCAUGGACGACGAACAGCGCUUCUGUGGUCCAUGACGGGGAACAUCAUCAGCGUUGCGCUCUGGGUUGCUGCGACGGAUUUCCGAACGUUUCUUGCCAGUCGCGUGGUCGGCGGGUUGAGUGAAGGGAAUGUGCAAAUGGCGAAUGCUAUUGCUACGGAUAUCAGCGACGAGAGCCAGCGAGGAGCUACAAUGGCAAUGGUGGGCGCUUGCUUUAGUAUUGCCUUUACUUUUGGGCCAGCGCUUGGUGCUGCGCUGGCUAAUGUUACUGUCAUUGCUGCGAAUCCGUUCGCGACUGCGGCUGGGGUUUCGCUGUUUUUGAUCGUUGCUGAGACGCUCUAUCUGUAUCGGAGUUUGCCAGAGACACAUCCUAAAUUCACCAAAUUGACAAACGGUGCUGCUUCAGAUUCAAAAACUGGUAAUACAACAGGCGGAAAGACACCCACGCGCAAUGAGAAGAAACGCCAUACCAACAAUCCAAUGCUUCUCAACGCGGUGCAUCUCCUCUUUCUCCUCCCAUUCUCCGGCAUGGAAUUUUCUCUUCCAUUUCUCGCAACUACUCUCCUCGGCGAAGACUCGUCAACAAGCCCAUCGGCUUUGAACGGACGUGUCCUGGGCAUUGUCGGACUCAUUGCAUCUUUACUUCAAGGCACCAUGGUGCGCCGCAUGCCACCUCUGCUCACUGUUCGCAUUGGCGUCGUCUCCUGCGCAAUUGCGUUUUUCCUUUUGGCCCAAAUCAGCACCGUCGGUGGCCUGCAAGUCGCUGCGUGUUUUCUGGCCGUCACCAGCGCGACUGUCGUGACUGGGCUAAAUAGCUUGGGGAGUCUCGAGGCCGGUGACGGCGAGCGCGGGGUCAUUCUCGGCCGACUGCGUAGCUGGGGCCAGUUUGGGCGUGCUUUGGGGCCUCUUGUUUUUUGCUCGUUCUUUUGGUGGGCUGGUAGAGAAGCGGCGUUUACGACGGGCGGUGUUGCGAUGUUGGGUGUUUGUGGUGUUGUUUUUGCGGGGUUAAAGGCUCCUGUUGUUGGCAAGGCUUCAAAAUAG